AUGUCGCGGCACGUUGUGCGUGUGCGCGAGUCGCCUGUCCUGACACUAUCCCAGAAGGCGGCGUAUUAUUUGCCCUGCUCAUCGUGGUUGCCCGCAUACGGCCUCGACCUAUUUGUGCACGACGUGGUGGCCGGGCUGUCUCUGGCGUCGUAUCAGAUCCCGCUGAGCAUGUCUUUCGCCAACGCGGUGGCGCACGUGCCGCCCGUGUGCGGCCUGCUGGGGCUGUCGCUCGCGCCCGCUGUGUACGCAGUGCUGGGCACUGUGCCACAGAUGAUUGUGGGGCCCGAAGCGGCCGUGUCGAUGAUCAUCGGGCAAGCGAUCGAGAAAGUCGUCAAGCACAAUGACGGCGUGAAUCCUGUGGAUAUUCUUGUGGUGAUCACAUCGUUUUCAGGCGUGAUUUUGCUUGUGUUCGGGCUGCUGCGUUUCGGCUUCAUCGACAACGUGCUGUGCGGCACGCUGCUCCGCGGCUUUGUCGCCGCGAUCGGGCUAACCAUGAUUGUCAACUCAACGAUCGCGAUUCUCGGCAUCGACACGGUGCUGCUGCUGCUGCCGCCCGACGAGCACGUGCACUCGGCCGCGGAGAAGGUGAGAUUCAUCUGGCAGCACGGCCACCAGUACCACGCGGCCACCCUCGCGGUCGGCACCGCAGCGUUGUUCGUGCUGCUGGCGGCCAGCACGCUGAAAAAGACAAUUGCCCGGCGUCACGUGCGCGCGGCGUCUUUUUUCCCCGAGAUCCUGUUCGUGGUGGUGCUCUCAACAGUGCUCUCUGCGCACUUCCGCUUCGACAAAAAGGGCAUCCGUGUGCUCGGCACGGUCGACAUUGACGAGUUCCAGUUCACGGUGCCCUUCCGCAGCGAGCUGCGGCAAUGGUAUCCGCAGCUGUUUUCGACGUCGUUCAUGUGUGCCAUACUGGGCUUCUUCGAGAGCUCCUCGGCGGGCAAGAGUCUUGGCUCCAGCCUCCCGAUGCCCGUCUCGUCAAAUAGAGAGCUCGUGGCGCUCGGCACCGCCGGUCUCGUGCUCAGUUUUGUCGGUAGCCUUCCCUCCUUUGGUGGCUACGGCCGCUCCCGGCUCAACUCGUUCAUGGGGGCGAAAACCCCCGUUGCCGGCCUCGUGAUGGGGCUGGCCACGCUGCUGGUCACCACGUGCCUGCUCAGCUACGUCUACUACCUGCCGCUGUGCGUGCUGAACGCCAUCAUCGCUACAGUCGGCCUGACGUUGGUCCAGGAGACUCCACGUGACGUGCGAUUCCAUCUGCGCACGCGCGGCUACAACGAGCUGGCCACGUUCGUCGUCACGCUCGUCGCGUCGCUCGUCUACUCUAUCGAGCUCGGCGUCGCGCUCGGAUGCUUCUACUCGGUCGUUCGCGUGAUCAAACACUCCACCAAGUCACGCAUCCAGAUUCUGUCCAGGGUGGCGGGCACCGACGAGUUUGUCAGCUCCGACUUUGACGAAAACGCCGUCGGCCGCUCCGACACCACCACCUACCCCCUAGAGGACAGAGAGGCGUGUCUGAUCGUCAGGGUGCCGGAGCCGCUCACUUUCACCAACACGAACGACCUCAAGGCGCGGUUGCGGCGGCUGGAGCUGUGUGGCUCCGUCAGCGUGCACCCAGCAGCACAGAAAAAUGACCGGCCAAUAAGACACGUCGUAUUUGACCUGGACGGCAUGACGUCGGUGGACUCGUCCGCCGUGCAGAUCCUUCGAGACGUGAUUGUUGCAUACCAGCGGCGCGGAAUAAAUGUCUUCUUCUGCAGGGUCUUCAAGAGUGCGAAAUUGCUCGACCGGCUGCAGCUCUCGGGCAUAGCAGCCCUGCUACAAACCACCCAGGGCAGCGAGUUCGGCAUCGCGCAAAACUCGCCGCCGUACUACGACGAGAUUCUCGACGCCCUCAGAGCAGUCGACACCGUCGAGACCGCAUGCACGCUCGCCGAGGAACAAAGCCUGGUUUCCUACUACGACGGACUAUAG